AUGAAUGAAUAUCAACAUCCAUUCCCAUUAUUGGUACCUAUAGAUAAGACAUUAAGAGAGUAUAAAGGAUUUAUUUUGUUUCGUGGUAAACACUACCCUGUAGAGAUAGGUAUAUCUAGUAUAAAAGAAACUAUUGAAGAUUGUAAAUUCAAUUCUACACCAGAGUUUUAUUCAUUAUUAGAGAAUUCAUUAAAUCAAAUUAAACAAAGAUUAUUACAAUGUAAAGAUUUACAUCAUUUCUUUUAUGAACUAAAAGAUAUAUUAGAUAGACAAUCUACCUAUGAUACAGGUAGAGCUAACGAUGAUUCGAUACAAUCGGUGGUCAGACACAUCGAGUCACUACAGCCAUUCUUUGACAUCAUGGAUGAAAUAGACUCAAAGACAUGGGUGUUGGAUCCGUCGACACCGUCGCACUCCGACACCAGCAGACGAAUUGCUCUGGGUAACAACUGCUCGCUGCUCGUCGAAGUCAACCCGCUCUCGCCAAACACCUAUCCAGAGUGCCGCUUACUAGGUGCCGAACGCGCCAUAGCACCGCUACGUGCCAAACUCAAUGGUAAUCUCUCACGAUGGCGAAUCGAUCAGUCGCUACUCACCAACUUUGAGGUGCUACUCGAACAGCCAUUCCCUCACAAACAAACAUCGAAUGCCCGUGAAUUCCUCAGCGAGUGCAGCAUCUGCUAUGCUCAUCGUCUAGAGAACGGUGAAUCGACGAUACCUGACGAACAGUGUAACAAUCAACGCUGUCAAAAGUUGUUCCAUCGUACCUGUCUCUUUGAAUGGCUUCGAGCACUUCCCAACUCAAACAUCUCAUUCGACAGAAUCUUUGUAUAUAUACAUAGAAUUAGAAUGGAGUCACUGUCAAAAUAUAAAUUAGUAUUCUUGGGUGAUCAAUCUGUAGGAAAGACAUCGAUCAUCACCAGAUUUAUGUAUGAUUCAUUCGAUAUUACCUAUCAAGCAACUAUUGGUAUCGACUUUUUAUCAAAGACUAUGUAUUUAGAAGACAGAACCGUUAGAUUACAGCUUUGGGACACUGCUGGUCAAGAAAGAUUCAGAUCACUCAUUCCCUCCUAUAUUAGAGAUUCAUCAGUAGCAAUUGUAGUAUAUGAUAUAACAAAUAAGAAUUCAUUUUUAAAUACCAUCAAGUGGAUUGAUGAUGUACGUAGUGAAAGAGGAAACAACGUUGUAAUUAUGUUGGUUGGAAACAAGACUGAUUUAGCUGAUAAAAGACAAGUUUCAAUGGAAGAAGGUGAAGCAAAAGCAAAAGAAUAUGAAAUUAUGUUUACAGAGACAAGUGCCAAAGCAGGAUUCAAUAUCAAGGCAUUGUUUAGAAAGGUGGCAUCGGCAUUGCCCGGUAUCGAUACUAACUCAUUGGGUCAAGCACCAGAGAUGGCAGAGGUAAUCCUCUCAUCCACCGACAACAACAAAACACCUGCUGAACAAGCAUCCAUGUGUCGUUGUUAA